AAACAGUUUCUCAUGAUCUCUAAGACAAAAAAGUUAUUAACAAAACUAUAGAGCUAAACAAAAAUUAUUUAAAAAAAAAAGAAAAUAUGCUACCAUCAAAUUCAAUUAUAAUGGUUCUUUUAUUUGUAAUUGUUGUUUUUAUAAUCAACCCAAGUUGUUCGAAAAGUUCAUACAAGAUAGUUGGAUAUAAAAACAGUGAAUAUGAACAUACAGAAAAAGGUGCAUAUAAAAAAAGAGGAUCAAAGAAACCUCCGUUAAAACCCAAAACCAAUUUCAAGUUUCAUAAUUCUUCAGUAGAAGAACCAACUAUAAUAAAAACUGACUAUGCAUCGUACAACGAUAUCAAAUCAGGAAUGUCGAGAAUGUUGGGAAUGGGUCAAAAUUGGUCGGCAGGACUUGAGGAAACUGUAUCUUACAUGGAUUUUUUGGCAAAUUAUGAUUUUUGGAUCUCCGAUGUCUGAGAGUUUUUUAUUUUCAAGCCAGAAAGUUUAUUUGAGCGCGGUUUAGUUUUUAACAAGGCAGCAUUAAGACCCACUAUACGAUUGCUUUAAAAUAAACACAGUUAUGUUAUAAACUUUUAAAAUAUGUAUUAUUAUUCGAUAUAAUUUUUAAUUGCUAUAAAAAUAUUUUGAAAUUCCUGUCCUUAGUGUUUUAUAUGUAUAACUCAUUGU